CAGCUGGGGACUGCUUGUUUAAAAACGAUGUGAUGUGUUUCACAUUUGUGAAGCAAGGCAAGGUUUGAUAGCCACGUCUAGAGAGUGCUACACAGCUGGCUUUAAAACCACUUACUAGAGGACAAGUUGAUCAUAGGAAUUUAAGAAGAUAACUGCACUCGGACCACGCUACCAAGGACGCACUAGAUGCAGACGGAGCGUGCAAAGAGGAUGGACUCUGCAGGAGAAGAAGCGUCCCUGAAUUCACCUGAGCUGCCCUGGAACCAGCUCUAUUUGAAGAGAAGGACCGAGUCCAGGAUCCAGUUAAGGAGGAGAGUGUGCUUCACUGGCCCUGCUGCUGCUCCUGUUACUGGGGUAUUGGCAAUCCUCAUACUGGCUGCUGGCAGUGUGAGCAGCGACAGUGAGUCUGUGAAAGGCCCGAGCUCAGUGAAGUGUACUGAGGGGCAGGACUGUAUCCUGAGCUGCACCUUCAACUACACAGCUGGAGGCUGGGAUGAGAAGUUAGCUGUGAUCUGGAGAAGAGCAGAAACGGACCGCAUCGUUCACAGUUACCAUGACAACACAGACCAGCUUGCCGAUCAGUCCCCUCAGUAUGUGAACAGGACCAGCCUGUUUGAUUCUGAGCUGCAGCGCGGGAACGCUUCACUGCUGCUGAGGAGAGUCAGGGAGGAAGAUGCUGGAGAAUACGAGUGCUUCGUUUCCACUCCUAGACUGUACGGGUCGGGCCUGACUGACGUAGUCGUGGUUCCGGCUCAACCCACAACAGCUCCUGUGACAGUCCCGAGCUCUGACAGGAGGGGUUUAGGAGCACUUCUUCCUCUUCUUGCUCUUUGUGAGAUUGCAAGUCUGUGUUGGUCUGUGACUCUAUAAAAGACAUGCAAGUCCAGCACAGGCAGUGCCGUUAUCAGACGUGAUCGAGGAGCCCAUUGAAGUCAGACCGCUCCCCUGGACUGCUCAAUAUACCCAGUUUAAUACAAGCUCCCAAAACAAAAUACAAUGUAACCCCGUUAAUGUCCCCUUGGUUAAUAUCCCAACCCGCUUAUUAUCAUGGUUUUUUUAAAAACCACUUGCCACUCCCCAUAGGUUUCUAUGUUAAAUUAACUCUUUUAAUAUCGCUAGGAACCCCGCUUAUUAUCCCCUUUUUGAGUCGUCUACCAAAGCUGUGCAGAUGAGGUGUACUGUUUUAAAUAAAUUAUUUAACCAAUGAUACUAUCCCUAGAUUAUUAAACUCUGUGUAAACACUAUCACAAGCGGUACUGGAAGGACGUUACUUCAGAAAGUCACACACCUUCAAAAUGUUGGUUAAACUGACUUUGGUUACAUAACUAGCCUGAUGUACUGUACGUAGCUCACUACAAACAAAAACACCUGCUCGAAAAAGAAAAGAUCUGACAGACACUCAGAAACAGGAAACUUUAUGUCUCUGUGAAGAAACACCAAAGAUUUCACAUCAAAACAUUGCAAAACAAUUCGGAAUUGAUCAGUCCACUCUUAAUAAACUCUACCGAAAUCGGGAGCUGGCUUUGCUGUGCCUGAUUUCAUUAGAUUGUACACAUAGCGUUGUUUGAGUUGUUAGUUACAGUAAUUAUGUUGCGUUACAGCAAUAAACUUAAGCUUAUGGUGCGGUAAGUGUUUUAGUGGACUGGUUUCCCCCUGCACUGAUAUCAUGUCAGCUAGCUAAUUAAAGUAUGCAGCAAUUGUUCAUGUUGUUUUGAGCUAUAUAGACAAAUAAUUAAUUUCUGCUAUUGUCUAAUUAAACCUAUUUGAUGUUACAGUAGUGUAACAUUAGUACAAUAUUGCAAUAAAAGACUACAGGUAUGGAUUAUCCCCAAAUAACUCUGUAUGGUAAUGGGGAUAAUAAACAGGUUACACUGUAUAUACAGAGUAUUUCAUUGUAUUAUUUCUGCAGUUUUGCUUGUCUACCUUUAUUUUAUAUUCGUAUUUGAUUGCAAUAAAAUAUAUGGCAGCGUACAUGUAUUGUGAGAAGGGGAGCGCUGAAGAGUUUGAUCCGUGUUCGGAGGAUUUCUGAAAGCAGCGACAGCACUUGGAGUAUCUUUUAGAGUGCUGGGACAAAAUACUGUGAAGCCAGAAAUACUUGCAACCAAAACAUUCAGUGAAUCACUCCCGUAAAACCUGUUUUACUCCAGAAAUGUGGCAGCCUGUUGCAAUAUACGAAGUGGAAUUUGAAAACCGUCUAAUAAAAGUCUCGCAAAGAUUUAUAUAAUAUAAUAUAUUUACAGUACUUGCAAUGCACAGCACUGGAUAUGAAACAACACAUUAGUAAUUAUCCCUGCAUCAGUUCUCUAUUUAUCUAGUUCAUUGUUUAAGUGUCCUUAUAGCAAAGUCCUGGUUCUAUCUAAUUGAUUAUCUUUGCCUCAUUAACCCAUUUGAAGAUUUCUCUGUUACAGGCACCUGACUCUUAGAGAGUCAGUUUUUGUGUAGAGAAGGAGAGAGAAGGGUGUGGUUGCUGUGAGGGCUUGUGAAAUAAAAAAAAAUGUGUUCUAGAAAGUUCUAGAAAUGCGUUCGAGUUCAUCUGUGCCCUUGCCCUGUAACAACCUGUACUGCUUAUCUAUCUUGUUUUUCUAAUUUAUCUUGUUUUUCUCAGAAUGUUAUGGGAAAGGGAUAGCUCACAGAAAUGAUUCACAGGGCGAGCCUCGAGAAAGUGAUCUGGCCAAUUACUCUCUCGCACGCAGAAGCCUAACUUGGUAAGCUAUAAAAGAACGGGUUCCUCCCCUACUCUGGUGAGAGUCGGCCGUGAGGAUUUGCGCAGUCCUGCUCGGUAUUUUUGGAGACAGCUGCUUUCUCUUACCAGGGUCGAGGGGCUCUCCCGAUCUGCUUGGAAGGGUAAGGAUUAGUUCAGUUGCGUCUCUAUGAGUAUAUUAUAUCUCUGAUUAAUAUAUUCUUGUAUGUGUGUUUGUCUAUUAUUGUAUCAAGGGUGUGAAAUAAAGCGGACCUUAUUUGGAA